AUGUCUUUGCAAUCUGCGCAUUGCACUGUCGGAACGCUCGGUCUGACCGUCUCUCCUGAUACACCAAACCUAACAUCAAUCACCGGUUACGGCCACUACUACACGUCUCCAGAACCCUCUCAGCUAGCCGGCGCAGGAGGAAAAGAUAUGCCUUUGAACCUAUCUUUUGAAAUUGCAGAAGAUGAUGAGGGUAUUUUCAUCUCGAAGGCAGCAGCGGUUUGGCAGGGUGCUAUGCCCAAGAGAGCCAUCAUUCCUCUUCCUGCUCGAGCACGCGUGAUGCUCACAGGCACUGUUCAAGGCCAUGCCACUACUCGUCUGGUCGAUCCCAUUUCCUGCGAUGGCACCACCAUGUCACACGACAUGCAAAUUUGCACCGAUGAAGUGGCGCAAGAGCAGCAAGAUAUGCCCGACAUGUUUCAGAGUAUCUCGGCGACACCAGGUCUUCGAUCAUGGAGUUUUGAGGAACUCCGUACAGAAUGCUACUCGCAAUCUCGUCUUGCGACUGGCGUCGCUCCUCGAGCAGUUCCUCCUGGCGCGCCAUCCUGGAUGAUCAUUCCCCCAGCCUUCACUCCCUACAAAGUGAUGAUUUAG